AUGGCCUCUCGCUCCGUCCUCCUCCGACUAAGAUCGCAGCUCCUCCGCUCCACGAAAUUACGUCCGCUGCCGGCUCCUCUUACUCCUGCACGAGCAUCUUCUUCUUCUCCACUCGCAUCGGAGCGGUUGAUUCUCUCAUCGAUUUCAGAUCUCCGUGCAGUUUACAACGAUUCCGCCUCGAUCUCAGGUCCCCGACUCUUCUCGACGGUGCGGCGCCACCCGGCGCGGCCGAAGACCGUGAACAUCGGAGCCCGAGCUCGCCAGAUGCAGACCAGGCGGCUGUGGACCUGA